CCAGAACACGAGCAUGAUGGUGACCAUCAAGACUUUCUCCCGUCACUUCAGCGCCUGAUUCGAUCUUCAUUCUCUACAACAGAUCAUGCCUCGUGAGCAGAAGAAGCGCGGUAGGCGAGAGGACGCGAAGAAUAACAAGCGGAAACGAGACGAAACUCAACAUGGUCCUUCCAAGCGAUACAAAGCCGUCGAUGAGCACGACCAAGAGCCCAAAGAUGAGAUACAUAUCGACGGCGACGCUGGCGAUGACUUCAUAGGUAUCGGCGUCGAACCGUCCUCUGGAGUUCAAGCGCCUGAAGACGAAGAUCAGUUUCACGGACUAUUGGACCCACAGGAACAGGAAUACUAUGCAAAUAUCAACAGCAAAAUUGUCGCAAAUGAUUUCGAGUCCGAUGAAGACCGCGAUUUCUUCAUCCAAGCAGUCUACCGGGAGACAGAAGGCAAGGAACUCAAAGUCGCUUCGAGCCAGUCUUGUUCGAGAUAUCUCGAAAAGAUUAUAAUGCUCUCAACCGCCGACCAACUCCGCCUUCUUUUUACCAAGUUCUUGGGCAACUUAACCUACCUUGUCCGCCAUCGUUUUGGCAGCCACUGCUGUGAAACACUGUUCCUGAAUGCUGCCAAGCGCGUGGGUGAAGAACCUGACCAAAGUCACGAAGACGGUGAAGGUCAACUCUCCAUGGAACAGCUGUUUUUACGAGCCGCGGAGGAAUUGCAGCCCAGUAUAGGCUUUCUGCUUACCGACAGAUUUGCUUCCCAUACUGUUCGGGUGCUCUUCCUGAUCUUGUCCGGGGAGUCCUUGGACGAUGAGUCCACAAAGACAAUACUUGCAAGCAAGAAAAAAGAAAAGCUCGAGGCCCCGAUUACCACUGGAAAGGACUCAUCACAAUCGAAACGGCGCGUGCCAAAGUCUUUCCGGCAGGCGCUCACAAACCUAAUCCAAAGCACUGUAUCAUCUGUGGACGCGACCUAUUUGCGGGCACUAGCAACGCAUCCCACGGGGAAUCCAGUCCUGCAGUUGCUGCUACGACUGGAGCUGACUUUGAAUGGCAAGAACCAGCAAGCAGGAGACAUGUCAUUAUUCAAAAAGUUGCUGCCGGAUGAAGACCUUGAAGAUGACUCAGAAAGUUCGAAAUUCAUUGUCGGACUACUCUACGAUCCAGUCGGCUCUCACCUUGUCGAGAUCCUCGUACUGUCUCUCUCAGGAAAGAUCUUCAAGAAACUCUACAAGAAUGUUUUGAAACCUCGAUUGACGAACAUGGUCAAGAAUGAGAUUGCUAGUUAUGUCGCCAUCAAGGUACUCGAACGGCUAGGCAAAGACGACCUAUCCGAAGCCAAAGACGAGAUAUCCCCAGAGUUGCCCCUUCUAGUUUCUCGUCGGCGGCUGGGCUUGAUCAAGGUACUCGUGGAGAGAUUCACCAUACGGGGUGUUGAAGUUGCAGACGUGACAGACGCACUCUCGAUCGGGUUUGGACCAUACAAAGCAACGUGGCUGUCCAAAUUGCUCAGUUUUGAGCCUUCGAAACAGCCAGCCAGCUCAGAAGACGACUCAUCGGCGAAGCGAGCAAGUCCGCCACAGAAAACAGACGUGCAUGGCUCCCUGCUUGCUCAAGCCAUGCUGCAAAAUCCAAAGAUGUGUCAAGUGGUUCAAGACAGUUUGCUAGAAGUUGAAAUUGACACGUUGGUUCAGAUGUGCCAGAAUGCAAUCGCUUCUCGGGUUAUUCAAGCAGCACUCGUGCCGUCACAAUCCAACGUUCAGUUCAGACGACCGUUUGUACCUCGAUUCUACGGUCACAUUGCUACGCUAGCACAAAACGCCAGCGGCUCUUAUGUGGUAGAUGCUUUAUGGGCAGCUACGGAUGGGUUGCAUUUCAUGAAAGAGUCCGUUGCCAAUGAACUGGCCCACAACGCAAGCCAUAUACGGGAAUCGCAGUCAGGGAGAACGGUGUUGCACAAUUGGGAGUUGGAUAUGUACCAGAGAAGACCCGCUGAAUGGAGAGCGCUUGCUAAGGGGCAAGACAAGGCAGACGACGAGGUUCCCCAGGACGACGUACGUCCCGAGCGGAAGAAGACGGGGAUCGAGCUAGCGAGGGAGAGACAUGUGCAAAAGAAGACUCAGGGACCACGAGGGAAAACGCCAGGGAAAACACCCGCCACUUCUUCAAAUGCUAUUGUAGCUGUAGGCCCUGUGCGUAGAUGAUAAUUGACAGUAUCUGGUUCAUGAAUAGUUGAGCAUCAAGGCCAAGGAUCAGUGACCACGCUAUGGAAAUCGCGUCAUCUCACAUAAUGUCAGAAUCUUCAAAGAGG